GUGCAGAUUAUUCCCCGGUGUGUGGUUCCAACAAUCACAGAUAUCAGAACGAGUGUUUUCUGAGACGGGAAGCCUGUCAGCUUCAGACGGAGAUACACACUGCAUCUCUGGGCCCUUGUCCUACAGACGCUGGUUCAGGAUCAGGUGAUGGUGGCGAAGGUGUUUCUCUCCCAGAGAGUUCUGGAGAGGCUGGUGUGGGACAGAGGGACUCGUCCUGUGAGAUGUGUCAGUUUGGAUCGCAGUGUGACGAAGACGCAGAAGAUGUAUGGUGUGUGUGUAACAUCGACUGUUCCCACAUCAGUUUCAACCCUGUGUGUGCUUCGGACGGCCGUUCCUAUGACAACCCCUGUCAGGUAAAGGAGGCCUCGUGUCAGAGACAGGAGAGGAUCGAGGUCACACACCUGGGCCACUGCCACGGGGAGGGGGGCGUGUACAUCCCCUGUCCUUCCCGCUACAGGAACUACUGUCUCCAUGGAGACUGUCAAUACCCUGACAACCUGGGCCCGCCCUCCUGUAGCUGCCAUGCAGGGUUCAGCGGGCCCCAGUGUGAGCAGAAGGACUACAACGUUCUGUUUGUGGUUCCUGGUUCUGGAAAGACCCGCUAUGUUCUCAUYGCCUCCGUCAUCGGAGYGCUGCAGAUCACCAUUAUCACCCUGGUGGUGCUGUGUGUCACAAGGUCAGUACACACACACUUACACACACACACUUACACACACUGUUUAGAUUGCUCAUCAAAGUUGACCAUCCCGCUUUGUGACACAACUCUCUAAUUUMUUUGGAUUCUGC